CCCCAUCCUUCCACAACCACAUCAUUCACCAAACACUCCUUUCUCUAUUUUUCUCCUAUAUUAAUUCUCUCAACACACACAAAAAAAAAUGUCUCAAAAUUACCCUUUUCCAAUAUACUUCAUUCUCUUAAUAAUAACCAUACCACGUUUAAUAUCAACCGUAGGUAAAACCGAGCAAUGGAAAUUCACUACAAAAAAUUCCAACAUAUCUCAAAAACUCAUAAACGAUCCAAAAGCCAUUGAACUAGCUUCAAGUGAUUAUGGCAACCUCGUACAUGAAUUCCCAGCAGCAGUGUUUCAACCAUCAACGGUAAACGACAUAGUAAGUCUUGUAAAGUUGUCGUAUAAUAGUUCUGUCCCUUUUCUUAUAGCUGCAAGAGGACAAGGUCAUUCCACACGAGGACAAGCUAUGGCACGUGAUGGUGUUGUUGUUGACAUGAAAGGGUUGAGAAGAUUGAAAAACAAUAAUAAAAAUAAUGAACAUAAUAAUAAAAAUGUUGGAAUUGAGGUUUUUGAGGAUCCUAAGGUUGGAUUUGGAUACUAUGUUGAUGUUGGAGGGGAACAACUAUGGAUUGAUGUGUUGUAUGAAACACUUGAGUAUGGACUUGCACCUGUUUCUUGGACUGAUUAUCUUUACUUAACUAUUGGAGGGACACUCUCUAAUGCUGGUAUUAGUGGACAAACCUUUCGUUAUGGUCCUCAAAUUACUAGUGUUCAUCAAUUGGAUGUUGUUACUGGAAAAGGAGAAUUUGUAACAUGCUCUAAACAGAACAAUUCAGAAUUAUUUAAUGGAGUUCUUGGAGGAUUAGGACAAUUUGGAAUUAUAACAAGGGCAAGAAUAGCUCUUGAGCCAGCACCAAAGAGGGUUAAAUGGGUAAGACUUUUGUACAGUGAUUUUUCUGUUUUUACCAAAGACCAAGAACGGUUAAUCUCAAUGAAAGGAAACAAAAAUAGUGCAUUGGAUUAUUUGGAAGGGAUGGUUUUAAUGAAUCAAGGACCCAUAAAUAAUUGGAGAUCUUCUUUCUUCCCUUUAACCGACCAUCAUAGAAUACUUUCCCUAGUAACUCAACAUACGGUCCUAUAUUGCUUGGAAAUUGCCAAAUAUUAUGAUUACCAUUCUGAAAACAAUGUGAACAAGGAAAUUCAAGUUUUGCUCCAAGGACUGAACUAUAUCCCUGGAUUUCAUUAUGAAAAAAAUGUGUCAUUUGUUGAGUUCUUGAAUAGAGUGAGAAGUGGAGAGUUGAAGCUUCAAUCACAAGGGCUAUGGGAUGUUCCUCAUCCAUGGCUUAAUAUGUUUAUACCAAAAUCAAGAAUCUUAGAUUUUAAUUUAGGUGUCUUCAAGAAAAUUAUUCAAAAACGCAACAUUACCACAGGACCUGUCUUGGUUUAUCCCAUGAAUAGAAACAAAUGGGACAAUGAGAUGUCAGCAACAAUACCAGAUGAUGAGGAAGAUAUCUUCUAUGCAGUUGGAUUUUUGCACUCAAGUGGGUUUGAUAAUUGGAAAGCAUUUGAUGCUCAAAACAAAGAAAUUUUGCAAUUUUGUAAUCAUGCUAAGAUUAACUAUAAGUUAUAUCUUCCCCACUACAGCACACAGGAAGAGUGGACAAACCAUUUUGGACCUAAAAAAUGGAAAACUUUUUUACAAAGAAAAAAUGAGUUUGAUCCAAGAAUGAUUCUAUCACCUGGACAAAGAAUCUUCAACAACAAUUAAAUAAAACCAUAGUAUAUAAUAUUUUUAAUAUUUAGGAUGGGACUACCUAGCUGGCUGGUCACAGGUUGUGUAUAUGAUGAUAUGAUCCAAACCUUGAUGAUCAGAAUCAUAGCUUUUUUGUACUUUGUAAUUUAAUUUUGUUAGAGGGUGGGGUUAUGAUUUUGGCACAUAUAUAAAUCAGGUUACACAUACCUUAGAUACGUUAGGUUGACAAAAUCAUAUGUGAAAGGUGCACACAUCUAGCUGUAUCUUGAUUUUUUUCUUUGUUUGUGUGUCCCAAAGUACACAUUAGUAGUUUUUUCGAGCCUAGUGUAGAGAAAUUAUAUAAACGUUUAUGUUGAGGAUUUUUUUAUUAUUCAAA